AUGGACACCUCUGACAAGUCUCUAGAGACACACGAAACGCAAGCGCCUCUCUGCGCACAGCCAAAUCCGGAUGAAAAUGGAGCGACAGCAAGCUCGCCGUGCGAAGGCGCUCAUCUUUCAUUCACACCCUCGGGGGUCGAGGGCGAGAAGCGCGCCCUGGCGGCAGAGGCUUUUCAGCCUGUCAUUGAAUCCCUAGAGCGAAUGGAGCAAGAAGACCCGAAGCUGGCUAUUCAAGCUGCACGUCUUGUGGGGCUCUAUCGGCGCCUGUGGGAAUCAUGCAUUGCCAAGCACCAUGACGGCCAACAACUUGCAACGGAUAACAACCAGCUGCGUAUCACUAAUAUUCAGCUGUUGCGGGAAAGGGAGUCCCUGAAGCAGCGACAGAACAAUCAGAUUGCGCGUUUGUCCCUUUUCGAACACGCCCUUGAGCAAGUCCGAGAAGGGAUCGUUGGCGUCCUGAAAGACUGGGAUCGCUGUGCUGAAGCGGCCACGUCGGUUUCGUGGGAAGGGGUACCUCUAGGUAGUCAGUGA